UCCCUCCCGUUGUCGUCGCCGCCGCUGCCGCUGCCCCCUCCCGUUGCCACCGUCGUCCUCUUUCUCUCCCGUCGCCACCGCCGCCAUCUCUACCUCCCGCCGCAGCCGUCGCGUCAUCCGCCUCCCACCAUCGCAGCCCUCUCUCCUCCCUCCAACUCCUGUCACCGCCAUCUCUCUCCCGCCGUCCUCCUCUGCCGCCGCCGCCGUCCAACUCCUUUGGCCGGAGCCAGUCUGAUUGGAGGAUUUCACCGGAAAAGUUCGUCGGCCAGAGAAACUUUGGCGGUCGGAGUGAAGAGGUUGCUGGAAAAGAAAGAGAGAGAUAUAAGCGUAUUAAUUGUAGGAUUUAAAUUA